AUGUCGCGACCGCUAUCAGACCACGACAAAAGGAAGCAGAUUUCUGUGAGGGGACUCGCCGGCGUCGAGAAUGUGUCCGACUUAAAACUGAACUUUAACCGCCAUCUACACUUCACUUUAGUGAAAGAUAGAAACGUAGCCAACAAACGGGAUUACUACUUUGCGCUCGCCAACACAGUGCGCGACCACUUAAUAGGCAGAUGGAUCAGGACUCAGCAACACCAUUACGAGAAAGACCCCAAACGUGUGUACUACCUCUCCUUGGAGUUCUACAUGGGGCGUACACUGCAAAACACAAUGGUAAACCUGGCCUUGGAGAAUGCCUGUGAUGAGGCCACAUACCAGCUGGGUCUUGACAUGGAAGAGCUGGAAGAUAUGGAAGAAGAUGCUGGUCUUGGAAAUGGUGGCUUGGGCCGUCUGGCUGCAUGUUUCCUGGACUCUAUGGCUACUCUGGGUUUGGCUGCCUAUGGCUAUGGCAUCCGCUAUGAAUUUGGUAUCUUUAACCAGAGGAUCGUCAAUGGUUGGCAGCUUGAGGAGGCAGAUGAUUGGCUUCGCUAUGGCAACCCUUGGGAGAAGGCCCGUCCAGAGUACAUGCGCCCUGUGCAUUUCUAUGGCAGAACAGAGCAUCACCCUGAUGGAGUCAAAUGGGUGGACACUCAGGUGGUGUUAGCCCUUCCAUACGACACCCCAGUGCCUGGAUACAGGAACAAUUUUGUUAACACGAUGAGACUGUGGUCUGCCAAGGCGCCCUGCGAGUUCAACCUGAAAGACUUCAAUAUUGGUGGCUACAUUCAAGCUGUGCUGGACAGGAACUUGGCAGAGAAUAUUUCCCGUGUGCUAUACCCCAACGACAACUUCUUUGAGGGGAAGGAGCUGCGUUUGAAGCAGGAAUACUUUGUCGUAGCAGCCACGCUGCAGGACAUCAUCCGCCGCUUCAAGGCCUCCAAGUUCGGCACCAGAGAGAUUGUGCGCACUGACUUCACUCUCCUGCCCGAAAAGGUGGCUAUUCAACUGAACGACACUCACCCUGCUCUAGCUAUACCUGAGCUGAUGAGGGUGUUAGUUGAUGAAGAGAAGGUGCCAUGGGAUCAGGCUUGGGAAAUCUGUAUAAAUACUUGCGCCUACACCAACCACACUGUCCUCCCUGAGGCCCUGGAGCGCUGGCCCAUCCCACUGUUCCAGACUCUGCUGCCCCGCCACCUGGAGAUCAUCUUUGAGAUCAACCGCCGCCACCUGGAGCGUGUGGCCUCCCUGUAUCCCGGGGACAACGACCGUCUGCGUCGCAUGUCUCUGAUUGAGGAGGGAGGACAGAAGAGGGUCAACAUGGCACAUCUGUGCAUCGUUGGCUCCCACGCAGUCAACGGCGUCGCACGCAUUCAUUCCGACAUCCUCAAAGCCACCGUGUUUAAAGACUUCUACGAGAUGGAUCCCCAUAAGUUCCAGAACAAAACCAAUGGUAUCACCCCCCGUCGUUGGCUGGUUAUGUGCAACCCAGGACUGGCUGAAGUCAUUGCAGAGAGAAUUGGAGAGGACUUCAUCCGUGAUCUGGACCAGCUGCAGAAACUCCGCAAGUUUGCAGAUGAUGAUGCAUUCAUCCGUGACGUAGCCAAAGUCAAGCAGGAGAACAAACUGAAGUUCUCUAGACACCUGGAGGAGCACUACAAAGUGAAGAUUAACCCCAACUCCAUGUUUGACAUCCAAGUCAAGAGAAUCCAUGAGUACAAGAGACAGCUGCUCAACUGCCUGCACAUCAUCACCUUCUACAAUCGUAUCAGAAAGGAGCCAAACAAGCAGUGGACUCCUAGAACCAUUAUGAUUGGAGGAAAGGCUGCUCCAGGCUACCAUACAGCCAAGAUGAUCAUUCGCCUUAUCACUGCCAUUGGCGAGGUGGUCAACAACGACCCUGUGGUGGGCGACCGCCUCAAAGUCAUCUUCUUAGAAAACUACAGAGUCACUCUUGCCGAGAAAGCCAUUCCUGCUGCGGAUCUGUCCGAGCAGAUUUCCACAGCAGGCACAGAGGCUUCAGGCACUGGCAACAUGAAGUUCAUGCUGAAUGGAGCUCUUACCAUUGGCACCAUGGACGGAGCCAACGUUGAAAUGGCAGAGGAAGCCGGAGAGGGCAAUCUCUUCAUCUUUGGCAUGAGGGUAGAGGAUGUUGAAGCCAUGGACAGGAAGGGAUAUAAUGCCUCUGAGUUCUACAAUCGUAUUCCUGAGCUGAAACAGGCAAUUGAUCAGAUCGCUGGAGGAUUCUUCAGCCCCAAGCAGCCUGACCUCUUCAAGGACAUUGUGAAUAUGCUGAUGCACCAUGACAGAUUCAAGGUGUUUGCUGACUACGAGGACUACAUCAAAUGCCAGGAAAAAGUCAGCGCUUUGUACAAGAAACCCAAGGAGUGGACCAAGAAGGUUAUCUACAACAUCGCUGGCUCUGGCAAGUUCUCCAGCGACCGUACCAUUGCCCAGUAUGCCCGUGAGAUCUGGGGUAUGGAGCCCACCCUUGAGAAACUCCCUGCCCCAGACGAGAAGCACUAAGGAGCUCUGGCAACCUUGCUGCCCCAUCACACAGUGUCACAUCAGCAGCAAAUAGCAAAAUACAAACCUAGAUCAGUCACAGAAAAGUCCUCAGUUUAACUGUUUGUUUUCUGUUAUGACCCUGAACAAACCCCUCACACACCUGCUUUGUGCACAUAUAAAGUUUCUCUAUCUUUAUGUUC